CAAAUAGAUUCUUCCACAAAUUUAAUUUAAUUUAAUUAAAAUGGGAAGAUCUCCUUGUUGUGAUGAAAAUGGGCUUAAAAAAGGACCAUGGACUCCUGAAGAAGAUCAAAUACUUGUUGAUUAUAUUGACAAACAUGGUCAUGGAAGUUGGAGAGCCCUUCCUAAGCUUGCAGGACUUAAUAGGUGUGGGAAGAGCUGCAGGUUAAGAUGGACUAAUUAUUUGAGGCCAGAUAUCAAGAGAGGCAAAUUUUCUGAAGAAGAAGAACAAACAAUUCUUCAUCUCCAUUCCAUCCUAGGAAACAAAUGGUCUGCAAUCGCGACACACUUGUCAGGAAGAACAGAUAAUGAGAUUAAGAAUUUCUGGAACACGCAUUUGAAGAAGAAGCUAAUUCAAAUGGGAUAUGAUCCAAUGACACACAGGCCAAGAACUGAUUUAUUUGCAAACUUGCCUAAUAUAAUUGCCUUGGCAAAUUUACUUCAACAUCAUCCACUUGAAGAUCAUGCUGUGAGAUUACAAGUAGAAGCUGCCCAAUUAGCUAAAAUUCAAUAUUUACAAUUUCUAUUCCAAUCUUCAAAUAAUUAUAAUCCACCACUACCUACACCCUCAUCAAACACUCAACAUUACAAUACUAAUAAUAAUAAUAAUAAUCUUGGAGAUUUAGGGGCAUUUAAUUUAACAAAUUUUGUUAAAGAAAAUAGUACCCCUUCUUUAUCCAAUCUUGAAAAUCAAACACUUUUCUCCAAUGAAAAUAACUCUUGCUCUCAACUACUCCACAAUAAUCAAGAUAAAACACAUCAAGUCCCUUUCAAUUUCCAAACGCAUUUGAAUAAUAGUAUUAAUGAAAUUAGUUGUCAUAAUUUUAAUUUUGAUCAAAAAAAUAAUUCACCUAGUUCCCCAUUAAAUAUUACUAAUAUUCUCCCUUCUCCACAUUCUUCAAGUCAUUUGCCACCUUUGGCUGAAAUUUCAAUUAGCAAUAAUCAAGGACAUUCCAGCAGUAAUUCAACUAACAAUGGUGCAGAUCAAGGGAGUUCUUCAUAUUGGCCAGAAUUAUUUUUUGAAGAACACUUCAUGCAUGACAUUUCUUGAUAUUUGCGCAGGGUUCCAAAACAAGUUAGAAGUUUUUUUUUUUUUUUAUUAGUAUGAUUGGUAUACGUUGUUGAUGAGUGAUAUGGACACUGAGGAUUAUUAUAUAGACGACUCAAUUUUCUUGGAAUUGAGGCGUAAUUGUUGUAAAUAUGUUAUUGAUUGUUGAGAGGGUACACUUUUUUUUUUCUAUUUUCUUUUUUGAUCCUUGUUGGAUGUGUUAUAAUGUAAAUAUUCCUCAUUGUUAUAAUGCAAGUAUUCCUUCUUGUUCUCUUUUUAUGAAUUCAAAUCUUAUGUGUUAAGAUUUAAUAGAAUUUUAUAAAUAUAUUUAUAUAAUAUAUUAAAAAUUAUGAAUUCAGAUGAAUCUGUGAUGAAAAGCUAUAUCGCCCCUUAAUAUAUUCUUCCUAUGUGAGCUAUAGUAACCUAAGAUAUCCUAGUAAAAUACACUUGCUACUUCUUUCCAAAUACUUUUUACGAUUUUCUUUUUUUUUUUUUUUAUCGAUUAACAUUUUAAAAGCACUCUACUUGAUGACGUAAAAAAAUACUUAUUGAUGUCAUUUAGGUCAUGAUGAAUUUUAUAUUAUCAAUUAUUGUAAUCUACAUGUAAAAUAUCUGUAUAAUAAUAAUUGACAAGAACAUAUUGGUUACUUGAUAAAAGUACAUGUAAAUUACAUUACACUAUCAACGUCAA